AUGGUGUUCCCCGAUAUGGCGUCCGACUACCCGCCGAACAGUCGUCUCUUCGUCCUGUGCGCGAAGGACGUCACCGAAGAUGAGUUGCAUGCUGGCUUUGACAAAUUUGGCCAAAUCGAAGACGUCUGGAUCGUGAGGUCAAAAUCCGGCGAAGCAAAAGGCACCAACGAAAAUCACCAGAGUGUUUGCUACGUGAAAUUCUCGAAGGCGUCCGAAGCAUGCAAGGCGAUGGAGGAAAUGAACCGCGCAACUCUUGGCCAAUGCCCGAAGCCUAUAAAGGUGAUGAUCGCUAGCGGCCGUUCGGAAGGCAGUCGGCGUGAUCCGAAUGAACACGAACGACUGAUGCGACUGUUCAUCGUGGUGCCGCCGGGGAAGACCAAAGAAGAGAUUGUGGAACAUUUUCAGAGUUUUGGCGACGUAGUCGAUGUACAUGUGGUGAAAAGUGGCCGUAUCGCUUAUAUCCGUUUUGCGAAGGCGAGCGAAAGCGCGCUAGCGCUGGAGGAGUGCGAUAGAGAGUAUAGAGCAAAGUUUGCUGAUCCGAAGCGGUCUGAUAUGGUGAAGUCGUCUGGCUAUCGAGAUGACAGGGGCGUUUCAGAGUCUCUGUUUGUCCACGAGGACUCUUUCAGGAGGCCGGUAGCACGCAGUUCUGACGACACCAUACUCGAAACCGAAAUUAACCUGAUGAACAACCCGUCGCGCUGCAAGGAUCUGUUUUUGAAAUUUAAAGUCGCUUUGCCGAAACAAACGGUUUGGCACCUUUGCGAUAUGAUCCCUGGUUUAAAGAAUGUCGAAAUCAAGCCGCCGGGAACCGCUGGAAAUACCACGAUUGCGUUCGCGCAGUACGCUACGGUUGCUGCGGCGACUUGGGCGCGGCAGAAGUUUCCGGACCUCGAAUACCCGCCGUUCAGCUUUGUCGAGGUUCGCUACGCAGAUGCCGGCUAUCCAGCGGAAUGGGAUGAUGAGCUUGACGAGCAUUCGCCGGCUGCUGACGAAAGCCGCGCGUUCUUUGUGUGUAACCGAACGGUAUCGAUCGAAAUCUUGAAAGACGCGUUUUCGGCCUACGGAGAGCUGGUGGAUAUCUUUUAUCUGCCUGAUCAGAACUGCGGCUACGCCUGCUUCGUUCGAAGUAAAGCUGCGAAUGCUGCGAUCGCCGGCCUGGAUGGCACGAUCAUUUGUGGCGAAAGACUGAAGAUCUAUGUACUGUACGAUGACAACGUUGACUGCACGGAACUGCGCUGCGAGGACGUUCGGCGGACUGUGUGA